GCUCUCUACUUUUACCUUUGACGCAUUAGAACAUGACGGGAUUGUAACGCUCUCGGAAAACGGUCAGAGUGAGAUGGGUGAUCUCCCCUGUUGACUUCGGACAGUGUCCUGUGUCCAGUCUGUGUGGAGCAAUGGACAAGGAGUCCCAGGCAAAACCCGAACCUGCCAAGAGUGCAAGCCCUACUGUGACUACCACCACCACUACUGCAACCGCUUCAACCGUCAGCCCCUCUCAGCAGACCAAUGGCACUCCGAAAAGCACCGCUGCGCUCACCACAGUUACAACCUUCCACAAUCAGCCUCCUACCACAGACCGAAAAGUUAUCCAGGUAAUCCAGCAGACCAGUCGGCAACCCCGGGGCUCGGCUGCGCAGUUGUUGCAGCAGAUGUAUGCGGCCCAGCAGCAGCAGCAUGGCGUGCUUCAGCCAGCCGCUCCACAGCAGCAAUGCAGCCGGUCAGCUUCUGCACAGCAGGUCAAUCUUUUUGGGGACAGAUUGGCCCCCUCCUUCUCAACUGCUGUUUCAUCAUCACAACAGACUCAGAAAGUGGUCUCAGCGCCUUCGGUGCCAGGGUCACCACCGAUGGUCAGAGCCAGCCCCAGCCCCAGUCCCACCAGCACCAGUCGCAAGAUCUCGCCCCAGGCCCUUCUCCUGGGGAAGAGUCCCUGCAGCCAAGCCCAGAUGCUCCUGAGGGCUCAGAUGUUAAUUCUAACAUCUGCAGUGCGACCUGAUGCUCCUGUCCUCUCCUCCUCUUCUUCCUCCUCCCCCUCUUCCUCUUCACCUCGAUUCCCCUCUUCACAGCUUCAGAGCCUCACACUCCGUCCCCCACCUCCUGGCACUCUGACCAUCCCACCGAACCUCCCGCUGAAGUCCGCCACCCCAGGCCAGCGCCCAGCCCUGUCUCGCCCGAAAGCAUCCAACUUCAGCUUGAGACCCAGCCCGCCUCCAAGUGCCACUGGGAAAGAGACGACCAUGGGGGCUGAGGGCACAACCCUGCAGGCACCCUCUGCAUCACCCAAAGCUCCACCUGUGCGCCAUCUCACAGUUCCGCCUCCAUCUCUGUAUGCCCCUGCCCAGUCUCAUGCCCUGGCAAAGCAGAAGUUGGCCAGCAGUGGUGCUGGAGGUGGAAGCCUCAAGAGGUCCCACAGCCAGAUCAGCAUCCCUCAGCAUCCGUUCUCCCAGAGGCAGGCUCACCCCAGUUCCCCUCCAGCUGCACCAAAGAAGCCCCUGCCAGAGCUGAAGCGUUGCCCUGCCUCUCAGCCUGCUCAGAGUGGGCCGACACAGGUCUCUGUACCUAUCACUGUCCCCAGCCCCAGCAGGUCCCAUCUGACCCCGCCCACCAUGUCCCUGCCCUUAAGCUCCUCCUCUCCUGGCGGCUCUUUUCUGGCCACUAAGCAGCUGCUAAGGAUCGCGCUGUCCUCUGCAUCUGCCCAGUGCACCAAUGGCCAAUCUAAGGCUACCACUGUGUCACCGCCCCACGAGGUCAUCCAAUCAAAGCCUUUAGCCUCCACCGUGCUGGCCAAGCCUGAAUGCCCCGUCCAAUCACCACAGACUUCGACCUCGUGCCCCCAGCUGGCACAGCUGUCGCCCUCCAGACAGGCCACCGCUCCUCGCCUGGCGUCCCCCCAGAGGGCUUCCCCUCCCUCCCCUGUGCUCCCCCUCAUGUCCACCAGCAGCAGUACCUCCUCCGCACCACCGCCACGGUCUCCCCUCGCCUCCCGCAGCCCCGCGCAUGCCGGCGUCACGUCCACUGAACCGAGAGCCUCCGCAGAGAGAAGGAAGCAGGAAGACAGUGUCAUAGAGACUCCCCAAGACCUCAAACUACCAGCAUCCCACGUGAAAGGAGCGGAACAGAACCAAACGGUGCAGAACACGGCAACGGAUCCUCAGUGUGGAGAGGCUGUGGACAAGCCCACAGUAUGUAAGAGAGUGGCUGUCUGCGCAGAGGAGUCGACGAGCCAGUGUCACGCUAAACUGCCUCUCAAGCCCGAGGCGCUACCUAUCUCAGUCAGAGCAUCACCCGCUGACAGAGAGGACAUCUGCGAGGACUUGUCUGCUCAUUCAGACAAUCACUCUGCUAUAUCCAGCCUGUCCUCGGACCUUUCGCCACUGCAGUCCACUGCCAUACGGCCAUCAGAAGCAUCCCCCACUGCCUACGCCUCUCCACCCAAGUUCACCGGUACGCCGGAUGGGCAACCAGCUCAGCAGCCCCCAUCGAGCGAUGUGAGCCCAGCGGGAACCCAGCACUGCCCAGACACGGCCGGACCACUCAUCCUCACCCACCUGGUGGAGGGCUUCAUCAUUCAGGAAGGACUUGAGCCAUUUCCGGUGAGCCGGUCAUCUCUCAUGGUGUCACCACACUGUGGUUCAGGACUGAACGGGACAGGCGGGACUGAUUUGUUUCCCACUUCCUCUGAACCCCCAGAUGACUCCACUGACUCAGACGAUGAGACCACUAUCACAAACAAUGGUGCUGGAGUAGGACACAGGCUUGUGUUGCAGUGCCAGUUCUGCAAGAGGAAAGGCACCGCCCAAACAUUUGCCCGCUCCAAGCGCUUCUGCUCCAAGUCCUGUGCCAAAAGGUUCAGCUACACCAAACGCUUCCGUAGCCUAAGACGCUGUGUGAGCGAAGGGGGCCAUCGAUCGGAGUGCAAUGGUGGAGAGGAAGAGCUGCAGGAGGAGAACUUCCAACAGGCAAAGCAUGGUGCCACAGAGCAGUGGAGGAUUCUCCAGCGCCCCCUGCAGGAGGGUGAGGACGAGAUGUCGGCGCCAAUGAAGACCAGGCUGCGCCGGCACACAGAACAGGGCACGCGUGAGAUGAGGGCCCGGGAGACACCAAGCGAGACCGCCAGUGCCCCCACCUCACCGUUGGACCCUGUGUCGCCUGCAGACCUUUCGGCACACCCUAGACCUGCUCAGUGGACAGUAGAUCAAGUCUGGAGCUUUAUAUCCAAUUUACCAGGGUGUCAAGACAUUGCCGAAUCCUUUCGAGCACAAGAGAUUGAUGGACAGGCCUUGCUACUGCUCACUGAGGAUCACCUGAUGAGUGCCAUGAAUGUCAAACUAGGGCCGGCUCUUAAAAUCUGCGCCCGGAUCAACUCCCUGAAGGAGGGAGGGAGGUAAAGAGAUGAAAGCACAGAGAAAGAAAAAGAGACACAGAAAGGAUUGGUUUGCCCUUGUGGACGAUCAGAGCACUUGCCAAUAGAAUAGAGCCAUUUUGUGCACUUUAAUCUUAAGAGAUUUACGCGAUAAAGUCAACGUGUUGAGAUAACUUGUGUGUAUUUGCUUGACCUGAGCUAGCAUAACAUUACAGUAGCCUACCAGUAACCUUAGCCUCUGUCUGAAAGCAUGAUAGCAAUAUAAUGGUCUCUUUCUGUGAGCAUAAUACAAGACCUAUAUACAGUCAUAGUAGGAGGGAAAUGUUUGUGUCUGCUUUUUGUAUGGGUUAUUAUAAUCAGGGUUGUUGAGUUUUUAUUUUUCACUGAGAGGAAAAGAUUGCUUCCUGUGUCUGUGGAGAAGUCAGAAAGGAAUGGAAGUGCUAUUAUUGUGAGCAUGUCCCAUUGUAGAUAUUUUCUUAAUGUACUGUAUAUGUGUACAUGUAUAGCAAUGCAGUGCUCUGUGUGUAUAAAUCUAUACAAAUGUUUUGUGAAGGAUUUGUAAUAUUUAAUAUAUUUGUCUUCUAAGGCUCUAGGAAAUACAAAUGCAAGUGAUUUCAAUUUUUAAGCCUUUUUAAAUAACAUUUGACAUGCUGACAAGAUAAUGUAGGCUAAAAUAAAUUUUAUGAAUCUUGCUCCAGUCCAACUGUGAAAAUCAAACAUGUCACAGUAUGUUACAGUACAGAGGAAAAAAGUGUAGGUACUUGAACGCAGUCUCACCCAAUCAAGGUACAGCAAACGUGCCUUUUUCUGAAAUGGAGACCUUAUGAAACUGCUGUAGGCAUUGUACUCUAUAUUGUCAUCAAAGUGUUGUUUGUCAUUGUUACAUUACCUUUCUUGUGCCAUUUUUGAUUAUUUAAUAAUUAAACAGACUACAUUUUGUUACUGAA